AUGACUGCAGCUGAGCAUGGCGACUUGGAAGUGGUGCGCUUGUUGCUCGAGGCUGGAGCUGACAAGAAUGCCACAACCACUGAUUGGUCAACAGCCUUGAUGCGUGCAGCUGAGCUCGGCCACUUGGAAGUGGUGCGCUUGUUGCUCAAGGCUGGAGCUGACGGGGCAACAGCCUUGAUCGAUGCAGCUGAGUAUGACCAGUUGGAAGUGGUGCGCUUGUUGCUAGAGGCUGGAGCUGACAAGAAUGCCGCGACCAUUGCUGGGGAAACAGCCUUGAUGGGUGCAGCUAAGUAUGGAUGGACACUUGGAAGUGGUGCGCUUGUUGUUGGAGGCUGGGGCGGACCUGAAUGCUGCAACCACUGCUGGGGGAACAGCCUUGAUGCGCGCAGCUAA